CUCGAUAAGUUCUGCUUAUCGAUUUGCCCCCCACUUCAACUUGUACAGAUUCUAGACUCCCGUCCUCGGUUCUUAUCAAGACCACUGCAAGUUUCUCUCUUGAAUCUAUCUACCACCUGGUCAUGUGCUCGCCAGAUCAGCGUAAUUCCAGCAAGGCUUCACUAAGGGUAUAGCCUCCUUAGAUUUACGACAGCAGGGGACCAGUGCGGCGGAGGGAGAACCUGGCGAGGCUGGGACGGUGACCGGGAGUAGAAGGAUCUCCUUAAAAAAGGAUGGAGGUGGAUAACAAUACGGCCAAGGAGGAGGCGGCCGACUACCUGCGUUCGCUACUGAACAGGAACUUGUGCAUCACGACGACGGACUCUCGCAUGUUCAGGGGCCAGUUUAAAUGCACCGAUCCGGGCAGCAAUAUCGUUCUUGUGCAUACGUACGAGUACCGGCAGCCGUCGAUGCAGAAGAGGGCUUUAGAGGCGGCGAAUGCAUCCGAGGCGGGCUCGAUCAAGCUGGACAUGACCGCUCGCUACCUUGGCUUAGUUGUUGUGCCGGGCGAGCACGUCGUCAAGAUCGAGGUAGAGGAGUUUGCAAGUCAGAUGAAGAAGGGAGGAGGCCAAAACGUCGCUGUCGUAUAAUCAUUAUUUCGAAGUGAUGGAGUUUGGGAUGUGUUCCGUGGGAUAUCGGGUUUCCUGCCAAUAUUACAGCCUCGAUCCACCUUCUAGGGAGGAGACAAGUGCUGGGAUGAGUUGACAAAUGCCUGGGGACGUUGAGUCCCAGAAUCAAUUACCACUAGAUACAUGCAUAGGGCAUGGGUAUGGGCAUGCUAAGCUGUUUUAUCAUGAGAAUAAACCCGUUGAAGGCCCAGUUCGACACUCCUCAACGCCAUCCAAAAUGCUAAUGGCUUCCUAGCUCGUGAAGCCUCCAAUCGUUGGAGAAUCGCC